GUGUGUGAGUCUGUGUGUGUGUGAGUCUGUGUGUGUGUAAACACAAAGGCGGCCGGGCGUGGUGCUGGCCACCCACCCCCUCGUGUGCCGUUCUGCCCUUCAUAGAGACCCGGACUGUGCGAGAGACGCUGUGAGAUCUUUGCACCCUGCUCUGCAAGUUGCUACCAUGGAGAUGAGCCGAGGUGGAGAGGCGAGGAGUAAGGGCGAAUCUUGCACCACGUGGAGUGCGCUGUCCUCAGAGGGCAACGCCUCCAUCUGCAGCAAAUCACCGCAAGAAAUCCUGGCUCUCUUUGGCCCUCACUUGACCAACCGUGAGAAGCUAGAACUCGCAGCCAUGCAGGAAGUGUGGUACUUUGCACUUUUCAACAAAUCUCAGGGAUUCAACAAUGAUGGAUACGACGACUACGAACGAAAUUACAUUCUGUUCCGGCAUGAGCACCUCCGCUAUCGCUAUGAGGUGCUGAAGAAGAUUGGAGAAGGAGGUCAAGGCCAGGUGAUCCAGUGCCUUGAUCACAAAAGGAACAUCCUGGUGGCCAUCAAGAUCCUGGUGUCACCAUCGAGCUCCAAGCAAGAAACAUACCAGAAGAUGGAGCUCCAGAUAGCUCUGGAACUUCAGGACGAGGGCAGUGAUGAAGAUUUCAACGUCAUCAAAGUCCUGAACAUAUUUCAUUUCAGAGGACACUACUGUAUCGUCAUGGAGCUGUUGAAGGAGAGCCUUCAUGAAGUGAUUAGAAAUGCGGGGCUCCGGCGGCUGGACAUGGCGAUGGUGAAAACCUACACCAGGGGCAUCCUCAAGUUAUUGCGCCACAUCAAUUCCAGGAAAAUCGUCCACGCGGACAUCAAGCCUGAAAAUGUUCUCGUCAAAGACACCGUGACUGGCACCGUGAGGAUCACGGACUUUGGCACGAGCUUUUUCGUGGAAAGUCAACCUAUGAAUGUUGGUGGCACCCUAGAAUACUUGGCUCCGGAGCUGUUGCUGGGCUAUAGCUUGACAUGUGGAGUGGAUAUGUGGGCGCUGGGCUGCACGGUGGCUGAGUUGGCGACGGGCAGGGAAUUAUUCCGGUCCAACAGCCACGAAGAUCACCUCCCGCGCUGCAUAGAGAUUCUGGGGAUGCCUCCGAGGUACAUGGUGAAUGGAGCACCCGACAGAACGCAGUUCUUUGACCAUCGGGGGAAGAUGUUCUGCCCAGGCAAGAAAAGGGUUCCGGGGAGCUUCCCACUUCACAGGGUGCUCAAAAGCGAUGACCCGGAGUUUGUCGAAUUCAUCAGCUCCUGUUUGCGAAUGGAGCCGGCACAGCGCCCAUCCUCCUUGCUCGCCCAGGCCUCUAAAGAGAAGUUGAAGGUUGUGGAGGAAGAGACCAUGGUGGAGGAGCUGGUGGUGCAAGAGGAGGAGACUCUCGUGGAGGAGCUGGUGGUACUCGAGGAGACCCUGGUAGAGGAACUCUGGUAG